AACGCAGACGAGAUUGCUUGGUUUUUCCUUCAAGUUCACGCUGAGCAAGUUUGAAAAAUUUUGGAAAAGUUUUUUUUGUCUCUGAGUUUUCAAGAUAUUUGAAAAAAACUGCAUAUUUUUGGAAACAAUAAAAAAAAUAGAAAGAACAUGAAGGUCCUUGGUUUUGUGCUCCUUUUUGUUGCCAUGGCGUCGGCGAAACCGUCAGAAAGGAAUAGUAUUUCUGCCCAGUGCCCAUCCACCAAUGAUCCCAAUAGCUGGGCAGUCCAUUUGGCUGACCCUGAAGAUUGUGGAAAGUACUAUAUUUGUGACUGGGGUCAGGCCAUCAGCAUGCCAUGCCCAAGUGGACUCCACUUCAACCCCACCCUUCAGGUCUGUGAUUGGCCAGCAAACGCUGGCUGUACUGCGGGUCAAAAUCCAUCCACUGAAGCACCAGCAACUGGCACUGCCAUUUUGCCAAACCCUGAGGACUGUGCCAGUUUCUUUGUCUGUGAUGCUGGUGAGUCUUUCCUGGUGACCUGCCCAGCAGGCAAGGCAUUCAGUGCUCGCUAUUCAUCUUGUGUGGAGGCUGCUCAGGAUGGCUGCACUCCAGCAACUGAAGCCCCUGUG